AUGUGUAAAACUAUCGAAGAUGAUCAGUCCCUCGAACAAUUAUCAAAAUUCGUUGAUGAGCCAGAAAUUACAAAAUCAACAUUGGGACCUUUUAAGUAUCAUCGAAGAUGCUGGGAAACCAUCGAGGAUGAUCAAGACAAAAUCAAAUGUGAUUACGGCAAAUUUAAAGACAUUAUAGUUCGCCCUCAAUGGCUACGUUGCAUAGCUAAUUCUUCUUUUGGAUUUCGUGCGCAAAUGCUGAAUUAUCUUGAGACGAACGAUGUAUCGUCAACACCUGUUAUAUUUUUCAUCAAUAAACUUUCCGGCGGUCAAAAAGGUGAUCAAGUCUAUCGUACGCUUGUUCAUCUACUCAAUCCGCGACAAGUAUUUUUACUCGAAAAUGAUACAACGAUUAUGCAAGCUCUAAACAUCUAUUCGUCUCUGUCUAACAUACGUAUUUGUAUUUGCGGUGGUGAUGGCACAGUUGCCUGGAUACUUAGUCGACUUAUGGAUGCGUUUCCGUCGUUGAAAAAUCCGCCGGUAAGCAUUUGUCCAUUAGGCACUGGUAAUGAUAUGUCGCGUGCUCUUGGUUGGGGAUAUCGAUACAAACCGAGACAGCUGAUGAAAACACUUACGCAAAUAUCUCGUGCACAUUCAACGCCACUUGACCGAUGGAGAAUUCAAAUCGAAGCAUUGGAAAUUAACAGAUCCAAUAACGAAUUUGUUAACAGACGUCGACGUUUUUCCUCGUUCAUGAGACAUCCAAAUUUUGGACUGGAUGCAGCUAUUGUAGUUGAUUAUUAUGCGAGCCGAACACGUCAUCCAUCUAAAUUUACAUCGCCACUCAAGAAUAAAAUCCUUUGUAUAAAUGAAAGUCGGAAGUAUUUCAACGACUUUGCCUUUGGAAUAGCAUGGGACUUAACUUCAUAUAUACGUUUAAUCUGUGACGGACAAGAUUUUACCGAUUCGAUACGACAUUGUCAUUCUCUUAUUGUGCUCAAUACUCGAAGCUUUGGUUCUGGUACUCAUCCUUGGAGUGGAAAAUCAAAGAAUAGAAUUGAAUCAUUAUCAGAUGACCAUGAAGAAGAUGAUUCUUUCGAUCAAAUUUCGACACAUUCCCUUCCAACACAUGAUUCACCUAUCAAUGAUCAUGAUGAAAAUCAAACGACAACGACUAUUGGUGGUCUCGGCCGCGCUGCUUUAGAUAAUUUCGAGACACAGGAUUUUGGUGAUCGAAAGAUUGAGGUACUCGGUUUAAAUAUAAGACAAAUGGCUUUAAUUCGCAUGGGUUUUCGUGGUCAUCGCAUUACUCAAUGCAGUCAACUACGCAUCGAACUUAACCAUCCGAUGCCGGUGCAUAUGGAUGGUGGACCCUUUUAUCUCGCUGGAUCGAUGGCUGUCAAUAUCACACAUGCUGGUCAAGUCAUGGUCUUAACAAAUCAAAACAGAUAA